AAGCUCCAGACACCUCUUACAUGUAACUCUAUGGUGCUGUUUGAUCAUACGGGGUGCCUGAGGAAAUAUGAGACCGUGAUGGACAUUUUGCGAGAAUUCUUUGAUCUGCGUCUCCGCUACUAUGGACUCAGGAAGGAUUGGUUGUUGGGCAUGCUAACAGCUGAAUCCUCCAAGCUUAGUAACCAGGCUAGAUUUAUUCUGGAGAAGAUUGAGGGCAAAAUAGUCAUUGAAAACAAGCCCAAGAAAGAACUCAUCCAAAUGCUAGUCCAACGAGGAUACGACUCUGACCCAGUGAAAACCUGGAAGCAUACACAAGAAAAGGAGCAAACUGGAGAGCUGAUUGAAGAGGAAGAAGGU